GAACCAGGAAGUACGGCGGCUGUGCUGUCAAACUGAACUUUACUACUGCAGUUACAUAGUUUCAGUGGUGGCGAUUGUGAGCUAAACGUUCACUUUUCUCGUGUCUGUUUGUAAAACUGUUAACGUGUCCACGUCAUGUCUGCAAGAAACCCGGGAAUGGAACUCGACCUGGCCUGGGUCUCCAGAGUGCGAGUGAAUCAGCCGGCCGUGCUGAGACGAGCCCAGCAGGUGCAGACGCGGAGGGCCGUGAAGAAAGAGUGGCAGGCUGCAUGGCUGCUGAAGGCAGUGACCUGUAUAGACCUGACCACCCUCUCUGGGGACGACACGCCUUCCAAUGUGCGGCGGCUGUGUUUCAAAGCAAAGCACCCCAUCCGGGAUGACCUCAUGGAGAGCAUGGGCAUGCAGGACAAAGGUAUAACCUCGGCAGCUGUCUGUGUGUACCCAUCACGAGUGUGUGAUGCUGUCAAAGCCUUGAAGGCUGCCAAGUGUAACAUUCCUGUUGCCUCAGUGGCAACCGGGUUCCCAGCAGGACAGACUCCACUGAAGACCCGCUUGGAGGAGGUGCGGCUGGCGGUGGAGGAUGGAGCCUCUGAGAUCGACAUUGUCAUCAACCGGACCCUGGCUCUCACAGCACAGUGGGAAGCUCUCUACGAUGAGAUCCGGCAGUUCCGGGAGGCCUGCGGAGAAGCUCACAUGAAGACGAUCCUGGCGGUGGGUGAGCUGGGAUCCUUCAGCAACAUCUACAAAGCCAGCCUGGUGGCCAUGAUGGCAGGUUCGGACUUCAUUAAGACGUCGACUGGGAAGGAAGGGGUUAAUGCUACAUUCCCGGUUGCCAUAGUGAUGGUACGAGCCAUUCGAGAGUACUUCUGGAAGACCGGCGUCAAGGUGGGGUUCAAGCCAGCCGGCGGUAUCAGCAGUGCGAAGGACUCUUUGCUCUGGCUGUCCCUGAUCAAGGAGGAGCUGGGGGAGGAGUGGCUGAGCCCUGCGCUGUUCCGCCUGGGAGCCAGCAGCCUCCUGAGUGACAUUGAGAGGCAGAUCUUUCAUUAUGUGACUGGAAGAUAUGCAGCAUACCACGAUCUUCCAAUGGCAUAGCUGAGGAGCCAGGCCCCCCAUGCACCUGCCCUUCCACACACAGCUUCAGUGCUUCUGGAAACGCAAGAUGCUGUGUUACACUUGCAAGUGUAAUUAACGACUGGGGAGCCGAAUGGAUUACACUGUUUAAAACGUUGUCAGGUUCAGUGUUCAAUGUUAUAACUGAUUUGCCCAUAACAUAUUAAUAAAUGUCCCCUGUGGAUCACUGGCAAUGGUCAAGCAUUCUCCUCUGAUAGAAAUCAAACUAGCCACAGGUUAAAAAAUAAUACAUUCAUGGCAAAGUGAGUAUCCCCUUAAAAGUUUGCCACUGUAUUUUUGCAGUUUAACCCCAUGCUUUUGCAUGGACAUACUAUGGAUUUAUCAUAGUUUGCCAUGUUUAUUAUACCUGCCUGCUUUACAAUGCUAACCUAUGCUUUUACUGUGCUUUCACUGUGCUUUAUUACACUACGCUAUGCUUUCACUAUGCUUUUCACUAUGCUUUUAUAGGCUGCAUCCAAAACGAAUGAUUACAUUUAUUUUCUGUGAAGAAAUAUUGAUUUAGAAUGUAUCAAAUGACAUAAAUACAGCUUGCGUUGUUAUUUUCAAAGAAAAAAUUAUUUAGCGCUUAAUGUGAACGUUGCUGCUUGCGUACUUGCUUCUGUCACCCAGAUCGACCCUGCUUCUUCAAAAAGCAGUGUGAAAUGGUGUAGCCAUCUUGCACGCCACUGGUAGAGCAUGCCAGUGUGAAAGAGGCUUUAAUUGUUUAUCUCUGGUUUGGUAGCUGUACUGGGUGUUUCUCCUUUCUCAAAAAAUGAUGCGAAGGACGACUUGUAGUAAAUAGGUUUAGCACUGAAUCUCAAUCAUUCCCUCUUCAAGUGAAUGUGAAUUAUUUUCAAUAAGCAAGCUGACAAUGUUAUCAGUUUUGUGAGAAUGAAGAAUGAGAGGGGAGUAUUUUAGAAUGUUGGAGCUGUUUUUUCAGAGCGUUUACUCCAGUCUUUAACAAACUGCUGUAUUUUGGAAAGAGGUUAUACACCAAUGUGUUUUGUUCAUUAAAGAUGACCUUUGAUAUCCCAGAUUAGGUAAAAUAAAAAAUAAUAAAAAAAAAGUUAUAUUUUUUAACCAAAGAACUGAGCGGCUGUUCAAAAGGUUUCUUCUUAAAAUAAAUUUGAGAGCAACUCAAGUAUCACGAGGAGGAUGACCAGAUCAGUACAUUUUAAACUCUGUUCAGUGCAAAAAAAAAAAAAGAUAGUUAGCAUCAUGUUUAUUGGUGGGACUCAUGUCUCUUGUACCUUUUUUAAAGGGUUAAAAAAGGAAGUUUUCUCUCAAUUGCAGUAUCAAGGGGCAGUCCAAGUCUGCAGAUAAACAGACUGCGGAAGUGACCUGAAAUAUAGAACUUAGGUGUUCGGUUCUAGUUUUGUUAAAUUAGCAGGUUUUGUCUCCUUCAAAAAGUAGGAGUUCAUUAAAGACUGGAGUUAAGGCUUUGAAAACGUGGCCCAAUACGAAAUCUCCUGUGAUGCGAUGCAAUGUUUUUGUUUGACAGUUUCUCAAGAUUUUACAGACACAAAUUAUUUCCCUAUUAAAUUGGACGUACUUAACACA